AUGCACCGCACGCUGCGAAAAAUCUUCGACCGCCAAACAUGCGAUAAGAUAGAGAGCAUGAAGAUCCUGCUCGUGGGGGCAGGCGGAAUAGGCAGUGAAUUCCUAAAAAACAUAAUCACCAUAGGAUGUAGAAAUAUCGAUAUAGUAGACAUCGACACAAUUGACAUCACCAACUUGAACAGACAAUUCUUGUUUAAGAAGGAUGACGUGAAGAAAUACAAGUCCUUUGUCGCCAAAGAGAGGGCUCUCCAGCACAACAAAGGCUUAAAUAUUAACGCCUACACAUUCGAUGUGUGCACCAUGAAGAGUAGUGACAUAGCAAAGUACGACUACGUUGUUAAUGCCCUGGAUAAUAUUAAGGCUAGAAAAUACGUAAACAAAUUAUGCGUAAUGGAGAAAAAAGUUUUAAUUGAAGCAGGUAGCACAGGGUAUAAUGGUCAGGUAUAUCCUAUUCUUGCAAAUGAAACAAAGUGUUACAACUGUGAGGAGAAACCAAAAAAUAAGACAUAUGCCAUUUGCACGAUUAGGCAAACCCCAUCAUUACCUGAACAUUGCGUAGCAUGGGGAAGACUCAUUUUUGAGACGUUUUUUUGCAAAAGUGAUAAUGAGACUUUGAUUGAUAUUAAGAAUCAUGUUGAGGAAGAAUCCAAAAAGAGGAAUAUGGAUCAGUUUCAAAUCAUCACCUUCAUUUUUAACUACCUUUUUUAUGACACCAUUAAGGAGCUGGCUGCGCUGAAGAAGGACUACGUCACGGAGCCAAUCCCCAUACUGUUCAAGGGGACUGCAAAGGAGGACCAAUGUGGUGAGACGGAACAGGAGGGAGCUGACGACGCCCCCAGUGGAGCAGCCCCCCCCAAUGUGAGCGGCCAGGACGAAGCGCAUAAACACAAGGAAACCGAACCAGCGGCCAUCACCCUGUGCUCUCAAAACAUAUGGAAACAAGAUGAGUGCAUCAAAAUGUACACAGAAACAUUCGCAAAAUUGUAUAGCUACUUAAACAUAAAUAAACAAACGGAGGAGUACCUGGUGUUUGAUAAGGAUGACGAUGACUGCAUCAAUUUCAUAACAGCCAUUUCGAAUUUACGUAUGAUGAAUUUUUCCAUUAAGCAGAAAAGCAAAUUUGAUGUGCAGUCCAUUGCGGGGAAUAUCAUUCCGGCCAUUUCGUCUACCAACGCGAUUGUGGCCUCGCUGCAAGCAACGCAACUCAUUCACGUUAUUGAGCAUUUGGAACGUGUGAAGGAGUCAGACAAGGUGGUCACAAUAAACAGUUUAAGGGACAGCAAGGCAAAGCACGUGUGGGUCAAAAGUAUCGUCAGCGGAAAUAAAAUGUUUUCACGCGGAAAUAUUGUGAACGCCGAAAAUUUGGAACCUCCCAACCCUAGCUGCUAUAUAUGCCAACAGCCGAUGAUAGAUAUUUAUAUCAAAAGUUUUAGCGAAAUGACGCUGUACGAUUUUGUAAAAAAUGUGUGCACAAAUGAGUUGGCCUUUUUGUACCCCUUCCUGGACAAGCAGGAUAGAAACAUAUUUGACUAUGACUCCUUUUUGGAGAACGACGACGAGUACAUAAAGGGGUUGUAUAACUCGCUCAGUGAGUGGGACAUUAAAAAUGAUGAGAUUCUUAUUUUGACGGACUUUCAGAAUGAUAAGGACCAGCUGGAGAUUCACCUGAAGGAGGAUCCCACCCUGCAGGCACCCUACGACAUAAAGCAGAAAGUUGUCAAGAAAAGGAAAGUGGAGGAGCUGCGUGGGCCAGAGGCGCCGACCCCCAGCACAAAAAAAAGGAAACACAUAAACCAGGAGGAAGAGCCCCUGAACGAUAAAAAAAAGGCGCGCACCCAGAACAAGGUAGAAGAAAUCGUCAUCGAUGACGAAGAGUGUGUGAACGAUAAUUUGGUGCUAAUCGAUUGA